CUGCAGCGCCGAGUCGGCUCCGUCUCUGUCAGAUGACGGUACGAGAACCUUCCGCCGGACUUCGCGAGAGCAUCCUCGUGCACUUCGAAUGACUUCAUACAUUUGAACAGUUAUGGAGUCUAAAAGGGAUAAAGACCACGAAACAGAGUGUGCAAAGAUCACAACUGGGCUUCUGAAGUCCCGAACAGGGGAAUUUGAUUUGGAAUCCAUUUUAUUUCUCAAACUGAAGAGUCUAGGAAUUUAUGAUCUUGGAUGUAUUGGGGAAUGUAUAAACCUGGAGAGACUGGACCUCUCUGGAAAUAAUAUCACAAAUAUAACACCUCUAGCAUCACUCAGACUCCUUGUUGUCCUUAACCUGUCAGCUAACAGGAUUUCUAACUUAGAACCCAUUGCUAGCUGUGAAAGCUUACAGAGUCUCAACGUAGCUGGCAAUCUUGUAUCCAGCACUGAUGGCCUCCAUGCUCUGAAGACUUUAAGAAAAUUAGAGAGUAUUAGACUGAAAGACAACACGUACAAUUAUACAAAUCCAGUUUGCAAGAACGCCUCAUACAGAAACAUCAUCCUUGAAAUGUUCCCAAGCAUUAAAGUAUUAGAUGGGGAAAGGGUAGUUGGACGCGGAAGUGAUCUUUACCAACUAUGCAAAGACAUUGACGACACAAUAAAAGCAGGCAUGUAUAAAAAUGGUCAACUGCCAGAAAUGCCUGACUGUAAGCCAUGGGUAGAAGAUGGUUUCUGGGAGAUAAAAAGAUCAAAUAAUGCCAUUGUUGAUGAAGCCUACAAACAGUUUAAUGAUGUUCUUCAUGAAUGCAGGCUGCUGAACAGCAGAGCAGCUCAUGCAAUCACACAAACGGAGAGGACCGUUGGCCUCAAGAACCAACCAAAGCAGUAUGCUGUUUGAAAUCAGCAACCCAGCUGCAAUGAAUAUGUUAUUAUGGUUUUCUGUUUUAUUAUUAUUAUUAUUAUUAUUAUUAUUAUUAAUGCAAUUGCUACAACACAGCUCUUUCUCUGUGUGUGUGUGAAUGUGUGUGUGUGUGUGUGUUUUAAGAUCCAUAUGCUUGAUACAUCACCAGUGCCAGAACUCCUGAAUAUUCAAUGUUGCCUGUAGUGUGAGGGUUCAGCAACUUUAACUACACCUCUGUCCUUUCUGACUAUCCACGCUAGAAAGGACCCCUACAUGUAGAAACUUGUCUUCAUUCUGACUGUCGUCUCAGGAUGUUCAAAAUGAGUCCUCUUCGGACUUCUAACACUAAACUAUACAAACUGUUAUUGCUUUAAACUAUGCUGCUAUUUGGACAAAAAGUGUGUUUGUGAAGUACUUUGAAUGCUUUUUCUUUAUUGACCAUUGUUGAAGCUUCCCCAUGUUGCACUUUUGAUUGCAGGGUUUUGGGAGAUGUUUUGGACUUUAUAUCAUAUGCUUUAUAUGAAUGCGUAUUGUUUUUGUAACCUCAGUGUAUUUUUGCAUUGUGCUAUGCUUCAAUUGUAUAGAUUUUUAUCACCCCUGACGCUGAAUUGCCCCAUGCUUUGUAAACAUGCAUUAAAAUGGAUAAAGCACAGUCUUAAUAGUAAA